AUGACUCUGAACGAGGAGUGUUCGACUAUUCUUAAGAAUAAGCUGCCACUCAAAAGAAGAGAUCUAGGGAGUUUUACUGUUCCUUAUGUCAUUGGCAAUUUGCCUAUUAGUGGUGCAUUAGUUGAUUUAGGAGCUAGUAUAAAUUUAAUGCCCACUAGUCUGUUUGAUAAAUUAGGUUUGAAUGAACGUAACCCCACUAGGAUGAGCAUUCAGUUAGCUGUUAGAACUGUAAAGGUUCCUAGGGGUAUUAUUAAAGAUGUGCUUGUUAAGGUAGACAAGUUUAUUUCUUGUGUAGAUUUUGUAGUCAUGGAUAUGGAAGGUGAGAGUGUUGUACCUUUAAUCCUAGGUAGACCCUUUCUUGCAACGUCUAGGGCUGUAAUAGAUGUUUGUGAUGGAAAGUUUAAAAUUAGGGUAGACAAUGAGACCAUUACCUUUGACCUAGUGAAUACUAUGAAAUACUCUUUAGACCAUGAUGAUGCUGUAUUUUCUAUUGAUAUUGUGGAUAAUUUGGUUAAGUCUCACUUACAGGAAAUAUUACUUGAUGAUCCUUUGUCAGAAGUGCGGAAAGUGAAGUCUUCUUUUGAGGACCCCCCGGCCUUAGAAUUGAAGGAGCUGCCUAAGCACUUAAGCUAUGGAUUCUUGGAUGAGGAAGAAAAGUUACCGGUGAUUAUUGCAGCAGAUUUAACACCUGAGGAGCGAGCAAAAACUCUAGAUGCGCUCAAGAGGUAUAAGAAGGCCUUCGCCUACAAAAUUGCGAAUAUUCCCGGGAUCAACCCUAGUUUAUGUUCUUACAAGAUUCUUACGGAGGAUAGCUAUAGAGUUGUGUCGAAGAAAGAAGGCAUGACAGUAAUUCGAAAUGAGCAGGAUGAGCUGAUACCUACACAGAUAGUAAUAGGAUUUCGAGUGUGCAUCAAUUAUAGGAGGCUUAAUGAUGCAACUCAGAAGGAUCACUUCCCUCUUCCUUUCAUUGAUCAGAUGUUAGAAAGAUUGGCAGGACAUAUGUUUUACUGUUUCCUUGAUGGUUUUUCAAGAUAUUUUCAAAUCCCAAUUGCACCUGAAGACCAAGAGAAGACAAUUUUCACCUGCCCCUAUGGGACAUUCGCUUAUAGAGGAUGCCUUUUGGCCUAUUGA